GUGGCGGAGGAGCUGGUCAGGAACUGGCCAGGAGCGGACGGCAGUGAAGGCAUCUCAAAACUUUUCCAACACACAGUUCCGUGGUCCGUUUACAUUUUCAAUUCGCCUUCAGUUUGUCCCUGACUAUGAAAACAACCGCUGUGCUGUCAUACUUAAUCUGUCGGCGAUGAAGUGGAUGCUGCUGGCCGCUUGGAAAAACGGAAACUUGCGCGAGGGAAAACUUCUGGGAUGAUGCCCGAGCGACUGCAUCCCUCCCUCCAAAGUUCAGCUAAGACUCUCUGGGGGGCAUUCAACAGUUUGAAGCCUUCCGGCAUUUUCAUCGCCAUUGUUCACCACCCAUAUCCAGAGGGUACGCAUCUUGGAUGAAGUGGAGAGUGCUAUCAUGAAGGUGACAGUGACGUUUGGACAGACUGGUGUGGUGGUGCCCUGCAAGGAGGGUUGGACCGUGAGGGACCUCAUACAGCAAGCCACGCAGAGAUACAGAAAACUCCUGGAACAGGAAGGAGAUUUCCUGGUUCGGACUCAUCAUGUUGAAUACUGUGAUGGGGGGAUUCUGGACCCUGAUGAUAUACUCAGCGAUCUAGUGGAAGACAGGGACAAGCUGAUGGCGGUGUAUGAGGAGCAGGAAGCCCAGCAGAGGGGUGUGGCUAACACAAGCCUAUCCCCCAGCCCUGACCUCUACCAAUCUGAGCUCUCUGUCUUCCAGCCAAUCACAGGAGGAGAGAUUGAAGUCAAUUCCUCAGCGCUCAAAUCCAACACCCCCCUGCUAGUGAGAAGUAGCAGCGACUCAGCCCUCAGCCCUCAGCUGACAGAGACUGAACCGUCCCUCAAUGAAGACACCAGCGAGAUGGCAGCCGGUCCCGCUGUGGAGAGGCCUGCAGGGGUGGACCUGGCCCAAGGCAAACACACCUUCAGUGGCGGUCUGACCAGAACAGUGGAGAUCCUGGGAGAGGACAGUCCCUUGGGAAUCCAUGUGGUUCCCUACUGCUCAUCACUGAGUGGACGGUCUCUCGGUCUGUUCAUUCGUGGAGUGGAAGAGGAGAGUCGCUCGAGAAGGGAGGGCUUGUUUCAAGAAGACGAGUGCAUUGUCAAGAUCAACAACACCGACCUCAUGGAUAAGACCUUUAGCCAAGCCCAGGAAGUCUUUCGCCAGGCAAUGCGUUCCCCAGUUGUACGACUGGAAGUAGUUCCCUCCUCGAACAGAGAACGCUACGAGAAGAGCCUGAUUGGUCAGCUGUUUGGCAACAGUGCUGGUCCUGACAACAGUCCCCGAAUCGCCAAGACCAAAGAGCCACCUCCGCCUGUCAAAGCCAAACCUGUGUUUAAGCCCUCUGAGAAUCCAACCACACGAUUGGCAGAGGACCCUGCCACUCUGGAAGCUCCUGUCAGUACCCCCAGGGUGAGGAGUGAGAGCCCCCUCCUUAAGAAAAGUCCCGCCCUCUCCAACUUGGUGGCCAAUAAAAAAGGAGGACGAAGACUGAGGAUUGACUUAAAGAAAGGCUCAGAAGGUCUUGGUUUUACUGUAGUAACCAGAGACUCUUCAGUCCAUGGUCCCGGUCCCAUUCUAGUUAAAAACAUUCUGCCUCGUGGAGCUGCUGUCAAAGAUGGACGCCUGCAGUCUGGAGACCGCAUCCUGGAGGUAAACGGAGUGGAUAUCACGGGUGUGGGCCAAGAGGAGUUGGUGUGCAUGCUACGCAGCACGCGGCAGGGAGAGAGUGUGUGCCUAGUGGUCCUACGGCAGGAAGACAUGUUUCUUCCCAGAGAGAUGAAGGAGGAGGUGUCCCGUGUGCCUGGCUUUGUUUCGGAGAGUGGGAAGGAGCAGCUCAUGUUUGAGGUACCUCUAAAUGACACUGGCUCAGCGGGGCUGGGCAUCAGCCUCAAAGGAAACAAGUCCAGAGAGACGGGAGAGGAUCUGGGAAUCUUCAUUAAAUCCAUUAUACAUGGAGGGGCUGCAUACAAGGAUGGGCGCCUGCGUAUCAAUGACCAGCUGGUAGCAGUAAAUGGAGAGUCGCUGCUAGGACGCUCCAAUCACGUGGCCAUGGAGACGCUCCGCCGCUCUAUGUCACAGGAGGGAAAUGUUCGAGGGACCAUCCAGCUGGUGGUGCUGAGGGCUUUAAAGGAUCAACACAGUGUGUCACCCAAUCGCUCAUUUGACGGCUCCUCUGGCCUGUCGGGACCGAUGAGCCCAGUGAACGGUCCGUCAGGAUUGGUCAGUCAGGCCAAUGGCCCCAUUCACCCUCCCAUGGUGAACAACUCUCUCUAUGCAUCUAAUGUGACCAAUGGGAGUUAUACUCACAUGGAUGAGGAAGAGGACGGGGAGCUGUAUGGACAUGAGGAGUUCAGCAGCUCUGCUCAGCACUCCUAUCUACAGGAAAGGGAGAACUCUCACAUCUCCAGCCCGGCUCAGCCCCAGUCUCCCACCCAGAACCAGAACCAGAACCAGAACCAGAGCCAGCGGCAGUUCCAGCACGUUAAAGCCUCCAAGAGCAUGGACCUGGGUACGACUCAGAACCAGCAGCACACUGUGGCAGAUGAGAGCAACGUAGGAUCCCUGGUUGGAAACACUGCAGCUCCUUCAAGUCCCAUAGAGCUCGGCCCUACCCUUGGCUUGAAGAAGUCCAGUUCGCUGGAGAGUCUCCAGACAGCCAUGUCAGAGGUCAACAGGAAAAACGAACUCCUCCCAUUCCACCGUCCUCGCCCAAAUAUGGUCAGGGGAAGAGGCUGCAACGAGAGCUUCAGAGCAGCUAUUGAUAAAUCCUAUGAUGGGCCACCUGAGGAUGAUGAUGAUGACGGUUCGGAGCCGAGUUCAGGCCGUGACACUCCUGCAAGUAGUUCGUCCCGCCAGGGAGUCGGGGAUCAGAUAGAGGAGAAAGGCAAAAAAGACAAGAAAAAGAAAGCAAAAACAAAGAAGAAAGAAAAGAACAAGGGGAAGGGAAAAGAGAAAGAGAAAAAGAAAGCAGAGGAGCCUGAAGAGACAGAGAAGAAGAGCAAGAAAAUAGGAUUUGGCCUUCUGAGAUUUGGGAAGAAAAAAGAGGAGAAGAAGGAGGCAAAAGCAGCUCUGCAGCGACAGAAGUCAGACAUUCUGAGCGACCAUGAGCUGGAGAGGAUGAAAGAGGAGAGGCAAAGAAUCGAGGCAGGGCAUCCUGAGCUACGAGAGCACCGGUCUAAAGACCAGCAAGGUGGCGGUGGCAGGUCCGCAUAUCCAGAUGUUGAGGAUGAUGACACAGACCCCAACUAUGCCCGAAUACAAUCCUUCAGGGACAGAGAUAUGGGCUCAGUGCCGCAGCCACUGUCUCAGUCACCUCCCUACAGUACGAUUCAGCACACCCACGCCCCCUCUCCCCAAACACCGUCUGGCUUUCCAGGGCAUGGAAAUCAUGCUAAUGACCCUGGAGCCACUCCUGAUGAUGACCACAUUGAUAGGCUUUAUGCCAAGGUCAAUAAACCAAGGGCAGCUGCAUCUACAUCUCCUCCAGCUCCUUCACCCGCCAAUGACAGCAGUGUGGACAGGAUCCAGCAGCUAAGAAGAGAGUACCAGCAGGCCAGGAGAGAAGGAAUGGUGCCACCCUAUGAAGAGCUGGACCCACGACGCAGAGGGCACGAAAACGACGCACACAGGAUGCCGGGCAGAGGGACAGAUCCUCGGUUGGCACCACGUUAUGAAGAGGUGGAACGUCAGUAUGCGUCCUUACCGAGGAGAGGUCCGUUGGAUCCAGCUGAGUACCCCAUGCAGCCCUGGUCUGGUCAUUACCCCGGACCUCCUCAGGCCCCACAGGGAUACCCUCAGUCCCUGUCCUACCCUAACCCCAACUCCCAGUCUGGUCCGUCUUACUCUGGCUACCCACCUGGCCAGCAAUACCCACGGUCAGGUGACCCACGGGGCGUUGACCCUGGCUACUACCCCCACCCAAGCUCCCAGCAGAGAGGGCCCUUGCGGCAGGAUGUGCCCCCGUCUCCUACACCUCCACUUCGCGGACUACGGUACGACACUAUGAUGCGUGGAACUGGGGGUGGAGGCUACAGGCACCCGAUGGAUCCCAGUCCAGACCAAUACGGCUAUUCUGGGGAGGGAGGAAGACAGCAACAGCAACACCAAACCAACCCAAGACAGAAGAACGCCAUGACUGCAGCUGUGUAGACGAAUCAGGUCCAGAGAUGCUGAUUGCUUUGUACUGAGCAGCUCCUCUGCUUCUGCUACUCCAGUGAAAUAGAGUUGAAACCUCUUAAUGGUGUGAUUCCAACCACCAUCAUUAUCAAACAUUUUCAACGCUGUUGAAAGGUAUAUGGUAAUACACAGACAAGCAAGGUAGAGGAGGUUAAUUAUAGAGGGGCUGGCGUAAUGCAUAAUGUCUCGUUGUUUGAAGUCAUUUAAAUUGCUCAGAGUCUUCCCGGGGUAUAAAAUUAGCACGGUUUUCACUUUUCACUAUACUCUGAUUAAGUCGUCUCUUUCAAGAAACCGUCAGCGGUGCAGGUAAUUGGAUCCAUUUAAAUUAAACCGCUAAAGGAAUAAAUACAGUUUUACACACCCUCAUAUUGUACCUGCUAGUUUCACUACUGCUGCUCCACCAACAAGACAAAAAAAUAAAAUCUCCUGAAAACUAAACCUUAGUUAUGUGGCCAUUCACACAGAUAAGUAACACCUUUCAGUGCCUGUGUGUGAUAAAGCCAGAUUUAUUAUCAAGACUGAAGCGGUUCACGUUGACAAAAACAUGAUUGUGGGGCUUUGAGUUCCCAAACUGUGUGCACAGCAGUGACUUAGUCUGAAGAUAUCAUUCUUUGCUACAUUAGUAACAGCUGCUGAAACAGAAAAAUCAUUAUAACUCUAAACGUAGCAUUAUGCAAUAAGACGGUAUAUCCAUCCAUGGCAGAUUAAUAAUACAAACUCUACACUGCAUUAAGAGUUUGGGUAAUAGUUACAGUCUGUUAAAUGAAGUGCUCUUUCUGAGGCCUUAUAGUCUCAAUUUGCCAAACAGGGAGAACUCCACUAUACCAAUCUUUAUGAAAAUACAAAUUUUGUCUUAUGAUCAAGUUUUUGUUUUGUUGUUGAAUUAUGGAAACAGUUUAAUAAUUGAACUAUAGCACAGUAGAGCACAGUAUGAAUGAUCUUUCUGUGUAAUAUGCUUUUAAUAUUCUAAUGUGCUAUGAUCACCUUUCGUUUUUAUCCAAAAUUUCUCUGGGUAGAGAUCAGCCGAAAUAUAAUUUCAGUACAGGACUGCGUACAGUCUGUUGGUUUGCAGCAGUUACUAAUGAUGCUGUUCCUGCAUUAAAUCGAUCCCUGAAUAACAGCAUUUCAAACCUAAAUCUCAAAUAUAUGUUUUCAUUUCAGGACGUAUUAGCGUUACUUGACUGAAGUUUUUCUCGUUAACUUUAUUUAAAACGAGCCCUACUUGAAUGUAUGAUAAACUUGCUUGGAUUACAUUGUCACAGGUCAUCUCUACUUAAUCCAUGGAUUCAAUCUGUGUGUUAUUGAAUCGUUCCAGCGUGAUUGGAGUCUUGUCUCAAUUUUUGGUUUUCUAUCAGACUUCCAAUUCAGAAAUAAUUGCCUUAAACAAAAAGCUGACAACACCACUUUGCAAAGUUUCAUCAGGAUGCUAAUAUCAGCUGAUCAACUCUGAUAUUCUGGAGGAAGCUUUGUUAAGAACAUUCAUUUUGUAAUAGGCAAUAUACAAACCAAAGCUUCUUAAUGCUGCCUCCUCCUCUGCUGGGAGUUACUCCUACGAUUUAGACAGUAUUUGUUUCAAAGCAUCUUCUCUUUAAACCAACUAAAUUAUUUGGGAUGAGCACAUAUGUGAUAAUGGUGCUUGUACUUAAUAGACAGCCAUGUAGAAAUAGGCAGAGGAAUGCAGGAAAGGAGCAAAACUUCAAUAACUGUCGAACACUUUAUUUCAUAUAAUAUAUCAUACCACAACAAUGUGCUGUCUUGUACUAGUGUUUGUACUAAUCUUGUUUUAUUUUCGAGCUGAAUGUGGAGCUGAGUUGUUAAAGCCGUGCAGAUGUCAGGACUGUGCAGUAAACCAGGUAGAAAAGGCUUUUCUUUUUUGGGCAGGUGUUUAACUGACUGUGUUGUAGAGCUUGUUUUCACUCUGUGAUACUCAACAGCCUCUUUCCCUCUCUCUGUGUGUGUUUUCUGCAUAUGACAUGUACUGUGGUUAGGGUGUGAAGGAUGUUCAUUGCACAUCUCUGUGACCUGGUGGCGUAGGCGUUGCUGCGUGUUCAAGUGCACACAAGUCCUGUUGAAACAUGAAUUAGGCAUCAGAGUGCUCUUGUCCCUGCUGCACCUCAGCUUGUAUCCAUUUAGCCACUUAUUAUACCAUCAAUUAAGUGUAACUCAGAGUUGGAGUCUAGCUUAACAGUUCUGUGUUUGAUUCUACAAAGCUCAGCAGUAUUAAUUUCAAUGGAGAUUAAAUGUUUGAAAUGAGAUUUCAGGAUUUGGUUUGCAUUUAUGUUACUAAGACUGAGGAUGAAAUACCACUAAAGGAUGAAUGUUAAAAGCAAUUUGACUGAAACACAUGCAAAUGAAUGUGAAGUAGAUGUUGUCCCAAAACCAUGUCAUUUGUUUGACUGACAGAGAAAUCUGCAUCUUGAUUAGACAGAGGAAUGUAGGUCUGCAGUUUGAAUGAAAGGAUCGAGUUAAAAGAAGGAAAGUAGGGAAAGGAGGAAAGAAAGGAAUAGAAGUGAAGGAUAGGUGGAGAAGCAAGGAUGGUUAAAUGAAAUGAAAUACUGUGGCAAAGGAAAGAGGGGUGCUGAUGAAGAGGAAUUAAGGAAAUGAGUAGCAGAUCGAAGGUGCAAAUGGAGGGAGGUGGAAGAAAAACAGAUGCAGUGCAAGAACCCCAGUGCCUUUGAUUCACACUGGUUUGAUAUGAGAAGAAAAGAGCAGAGGAGAGAAUGAAAGUUCAUCAACAUUUGGCGGCAGUUGUUCUGCUGUAGGAGGAGGGUUACAGCAGUGGGCUUGUAUUGACUGAGUGUAGUGACUUUGGGAAUUACUUAGAAAUAUUUAUCUUGUUCAUGCUGUUAUCACUUUGCUUCACCAGUCUGAAGUCAAACUUCAAAAUAUUAAUUGUCAAGAAAACACUCAUCAAUACCAAAAUAAUUCACAUACCCAGGUCAGUGACUCACUGCUGAGUUAAAAUGUGCAACUUUGUAGCCAUAAUACCAAAACCAAGAAUAGAGUUCUGUUCAUUUCCAAGAUGUCAGUUUUAUCGUGUACUUAGAUAAUAAUAGUUUCCUAUAUGUUACAGUGUAACACAGAGCACCAGAGAAAAUGAUCUGUCGGGUCACAUGAAUGAUUCCAAACAUGUACUGCACUCCUUUAAGACAGAAAGAAAAGAUGGACGUCUUCUUAACUGUAUCUAAAUGCUGGGUCGGUGCCUGGUGAAGCUUUUUUGAGCUACAGUAUACAGAGAUGUGAACAUUACAUGAAGGUGUAUUACUGUUAUUCCUCUGAUAUUAGUACACAAUUCACAUGCAUAUAACUCUUCACAAGCAUUUAUUUUCUACGUAUUUCUUUUUAAUGAUAGUUGGUGUUGUUGGUUGGUUAUACCAGAGCCACAGAGUGUUUGGCUUCUGUUACCAUGCUACUGUAAGAGAGAGGUACUUUUUUAUGUUUUUUCUCAGUUUUAUAUUUUGACUAUUUUAUCUGGAAAUUACCAGAAAAAGGUUAAUUCUGCAAGUAAUUUGAAAUUUGCUGAAACUGGGUAAAACAAACAAGAAAUUGUGAUGUGGCAUGGUUAAAGAUUAACCAUCCUGUAUGUAUCACUCUUUGGCUUUUGGCAGUACAGAAUGAGUUGCACAAGAUGAAGGUACUAACCAGAACCCUCUUUUGGAAGAGUUCUGGUACUCCUGGUUCUCCUUUUACAGAGACCAGUGAAUGAAGGAACCAACUAAAUAACCUCUCUGUCAUAGAAUUAUAACAUUUUCACUACACUGCUUGUAUCCAAAAAAAAAAAAAAAAAAAAAAUCUCAUUUUAUACCAUUGUAACAAUAAUAAUGCUUUCUAUUACUGUUUUCCUACAUUUUAUAUAUAUGUAUAUAACAUCUUUUUUGCAUUAAAAUCCUCAUUUUAAAACA